AUGUGGAGUAUUAUGCGAAUGAGAACUUUUCGCAGAUCAACAAGAAGGUUUGUCACUUUUUAGAUAUUUUAAGUAGUCUAGUGCAAUAUCCGCAGAUAAUCCCUAGCACGAAAAUAAAAAUACCCUCAUUUUUAUCUCUCCUAUUUUUUUUCAUUAUAUUUUUGAGGAAUUUUUGCAGCUCGGCACCAAAAAUGAAACGACCGAAAACAAGAGCAUCGGAAAAACAGAGAAAUUUGGAGAGGUUUGUUUUUGGGCUCUAAUUUUUUUUCGUUGUUUCAAACUUUUUUCUGAAACUUCACAAACCUGUAGUAGAGGCAUCCCUCUAAUUUAAAUAUUUAUUCAUCUAUUCUCAAAAAAAGUACACUCAUCAUUCAUUAUUCACAUACAAAUCCUCUUAUUUGUCUCGUGUUUUUCUUUGCGAGUGAGAAAUAAAAAUAAUUAGAAAAAGUGUCAAGGAUUUGUGACAAAAAAAGAGGAUACUUUGGAUAAUUGAAUAGAUGGCUAAUGAAGAAAAAAGGAUAUUUGAUGAUAGUAGCAAAAAAACAUAUGUUGAAAAAUAUUUCUUUUGAAAAAAUGACUAGAUCUCGGUCUCGAGGUUUGAAUUAUAUCGGGUAGGUUUUUCAAGAUUUCGAAGGAGAGAAAAACAAGAUUCCAAAAUUGUGCCACUUUUUUAAUUUCAAAUAUUUAUCAUUUUUAAAAAAUUUGGUUCUCCUUUGAAUAGUAGAUUUGCCACGUGCAAAAUUGUUUUUAAGUCAAAUUUUCGGAAACUUGUUGGCCCCAAACUUUGCCACAUGGCACGAACUUACUCACGUUUUUGAGAAAUUCAAAAAAUCGAUUAAAAAUGUGUCGCUGUUUCAGAAUUUCAAAUUUUUGGACCUUUUCUCAAAAUUAAAUUUGAGAAAAAAUCUGAAAACAUGUCACCUUUCAUAAAUCUCAAAAUUUCGUUGUUCCAAUCGGACUCAACCCACUCAAUUUAGCUUGAUUGAAAAUUUAUGCCCUCUUCUAUUCUUCCAACCCCAAAACAUUUCGUUUUGCUCUUUUCAUUUUCACUUUAGUUCAUCCGAAAAAAUAAUACAUCUGAAUAGCAGCAGAAGCACAUUAUAAUUAUAAAACGUAUCCAUUUUUAAUCUCUGGGGAAUACAAAAAGGUGUAUAUUUUUUCCUUUUCCAAAUAUAUUUUAUCAACAAAUGUGGUUUAUUGAUUCGACGGGAGAUGCAACUGAAGAUGAUGAGCAAUUUGAAAUCAAACACGAUUUCAGACAUUUUGGAACACGUCCGCCAUGCAAAAAUCGAAUUUUGACGGCGAUUUAUUGGGCGAUGAGAAGAUGUCAGUAUUGGCUGUGCUUUUAUGAUGAUGGUGAGUUAUUUUGGGGAUUUUUUUGAACGAAAUCCGAUUGAUUGGGAUUUUUACAGAAAUUUUAGAACUAACUGAGAACCCUAGUGAGAAAACUCCAAAAUUCAGAAAAAACAAAAUUAUAACAAAUAAGACUAGCUUCGCUGAAGCUGAUAUUUGAUCUACAUAACUUUUGGAAUCUGUAAACAACUAUGAUGAGAGCUUAGGAUUACUGUAGGAAAACAUUAAAAUAUUUUUUUUAAUCAACAUCUUUAAUUUUAGCGUGACCUUUUCUAGUCAACCCACGUGGCAGAUAAAAUUAAUUCCUAAAAUGUCCCCCCCCCCCAUUCUAAUUUCCAAAAUUCAUUUUUUUUUCCACAGAAAUCGAAAUCGAUGUUGAAGACCUGUUGUCAAAUCCAUUCAAUACUCAACCUCCAGGACUUGAUCAACUUGUUCAACUUACUGGAUUCAAUCGAAAAUGGAUCAUGUUUAUGUAUCGAAAUUUCAAACAAAAAUGUUCGAACGGUAGAAUGUCUGAAACACAAUGGAGAAUUGUAUUUCGAAGUUUGUUUCCACAAGCAAAUGAUUCCGCAUUUGUUGAUCGAUUGUAUAUGGCAAUUGUUAAGAAUAAACCACAUCAACAGAUCACUUUUGAGGUUUGUUUUGGAAAAUUUUUUUUCUGUAAAAUCUUGUUUACUCUGGACCCUUUUUCUGUUCUAAUUAAACAUUUGUGUUUUUGCAGGAUUUGAUUCUUUGUCUUUGGGAAUUGACUGAAAAUGGAAGAAGUUCGGAAUUCGCCAACUCACAUAUCAAUUCUUCAGCUCGUGCACAAUUCGCAUUUCAUCUGAUGGAUAUUGAAGGAAAGGGAAAAGUGAAUGAGGAAGCGUUUUGUAAAUAUACAAGAUCAGUAUUUGCUUUGACUGCUUCACAUUCAACAAUUUGUGAUGCUGCCGCGAUUGGUUUACCGGCUGGAAGUAUUUAUCGAACAAAAAGUUGUGAUGAUGAUUUGAAACCACUUUCACCGUUGAUUUCGAGAUUGUAUGCAAAGAGGUUUAAGGUGAAUUUUGGGGAACCGCAUGAUUUUGUUUUUCAAGACCCAAAAUUAAAGACCCGAACAAAAAUUUCGAAAAACUAUCCCAAGCCCAAAUAGGCGCAGUCUCAAAGCCUGCGCCUAAUUUACAAAAAACCCUUCUGAACUGCCACCAAAAAAUCAAAACUAAAAUAAUUUUCCAGGAACUCGAUCAAGAUGAAGAUGGUUGGAUAACAAUUCGAGAUAUUGAAAGGGAAUUAAAAGAUGCUGUAGUUUUACAAAGUCAAAGCGAUUUUGAAUCAUCGCCGUGUUCUUCUAAAUAUUAA